ACACACCAGACACUCGAGUUUGUUUUGGUUUCCCCCCCUGAUAGUGAGCGAGUCUCACAGAGCACACAGGACGCGCUGUACGGUGGCUGGCGGUGGAUAAAUAAACUCUCCCUGGAACUUCCUCGUAAAGAAAGAAAGUUGAACACACCAUGCAAAAGGAUGAUCCGUCCGGGGAGGACAGCCAGCAGGAUAGUGUGUCGGAGGAUUCAUCCAUCUCCCCAGAGCCGGAGCCGGCCAUAUGCAUGGAGCCCUUCCUGGUACGGAGGCGGUCUUCGCGUACAGUCCAGUUGCCCCCUCUGGCCUUCAGACAGGCAGAGCAGUACUACUUGGAUCGGAAGCAGGAGUCAGACACGGUCACGGUUCCACCACGGCCCACCACACUGCCACUACGCAUCCCACCACUCAUCGCCAUCACCUCUGCUGACACGAGCAGGUAA